AUGGAAGAUAUCGAGAAACAACUUGAAAUUGUACAGAAUGAGAUCUUAGAAGAAGACGAAGGAGGACAAAUAGAUGAAGAUGGAACAAAAGAAACCAAAGAAAUUCCAGAUAGACCCGAAGAAUAUAAACAAGAAACAGACGAAAACAAACCAGUUCCUGGUGAUCAAGAAGGGGAAUUCAUUGAGCCAACAGGAAAACUACUACAAUGUCGAAAGGACUUCAAUGAAUUUCAAAUCUGUUGA